CGGAAUUGUCGCAUAUUUGGUGACGUUUUAAAAUCGACUUGCUGUGGUCUAUGAGACCGAGGCCUAAGCGUUUUUGUUUCUUUAUAAUUUCAACAAAUGUCACUCUACCACAACCCGUUCUGAGCGGGCAUUUAGCCUUAUGUGGCAAUUUCUCUGGACAUAAACGGCGCUACAAAAACAAAGUUGUCAACAGUUAGCGAAGUUGAAGCAACUCUCCCAGUCGAAUACGAGGCGAGAAAAAUAUGACAUCUCGUAGGUGGUUCCACCCAAACAUCACUGGAGUGGAGGCCGAGAACCUACUGCUUACGCGGGGGGUGGAUGGCAGUUUUCUGGCCAGGCCAAGCAAGAGUAAUCCUGGUGACUUCACGCUGUCUGUCAGGCGAAAUGGGGCGGUCACUCACAUCAAGAUCCAGAACACAGGUGACUACUAUGACCUGUACGGAGGGGAGAAAUUUGCCACGCUGGCUGAGCUGGUGCAGUAUUACAUGGAGCAUCAUGGGCAGCUGAAAGAAAAGAACGGGGAUGUCAUUGAGCUCAAAUAUCCCCUCAACUGCGCAGACCCCACAUCUGAACGGUGGUUUCAUGGGCACCUGUCAGGCCGGGAGGCAGAGAAGCUCCUGACAGAGAAAGGCAAGAAUGGCAGCUUCCUGGUGCGCGAGAGCCAAAGCCAUCCUGGCGACUUUGUCCUAUCUGUACGCACCGGCGACGACAAGACGGACACUAGUGACAGCAAGCCAAAGGUCACCCAUGUUAUGAUCCGCUGUCAGCAUGACCUGAAGUACGACGUUGGAGGUGGUGAAAAGUUUGACACCCUGACGGACCUGGUGGAGCACUACAAGAAGAACCCCAUGGUGGAGACCCUGGGCACAGUGCUGCAGCUCAAACAGCCCCUGAACACGACACGCAUCAACGCUGCAGAGAUUGAGAGCAGGGUCCGGGAGCUGAGCAAACUCGCCGAGACCACCGACAAGGUCAAGCAGGGCUUCUGGGAGGAGUUUGAGACUCUACAACAACAGGAGUGCAAGUUGCUGUACAGCCGAAAAGAAGGGCAAAGACCAGAGAACAAAAACAAGAACCGAUACAAGAACAUCCUCCCCUUUGACCACACGCGGGUUGUCCUGAGAGACGGGGACCCCAGUGAAUCUGGCUCGGACUACAUCAAUGCCAACAUUAUAAUGAUCCCACAGCCGGAGCUCGAUGCAAAGUGCAACAACGCUAAGAUGAAGAAGAGCUACAUCGCCACCCAGGGCUGCCUGCAGAACACCAUCAGCGACUUCUGGAGGAUGGUCUUCCAGGAGAACUCCCGCGUCAUCGUCAUGACAACCAAGGAGGUGGAGCGGGGAAAGAGUAAGUGUGUGAAGUACUGGCCUGACAUGAACGCCCUUAAAGAGUACGGAGCCAUGCGUGUGCGCAACGUCAAGGAGACGACAGCACAUGACUACACCCUCAGAGAGCUGAAGCUGUCCAAGGUGGGACAGGGCAACACAGAGCGCACUGUGUGGCAGUAUCACUUCCGUGCCUGGCCAGACCAUGGUGUACCCACAGACCCCGGCGGCGUGCUGGACUUCCUGGAGGAGGUGAACCUGAAGGAGGAAAGCAACCUGGAGCCGGGGCCCAUAGUGGUUCACUGCAGUGCUGGGAUUGGAAGGACUGGAACGUUCAUUGUGAUCGACAUCCUCAUUGACGUCAUCCGAGAGAAAGGGGUGGACUGUGACAUCGAUGUGCCUAAGACCAUCCAGAUGGUGCGUUCCCAGCGCUCAGGAAUGGUGCAGACAGAGGCUCAGUACCGCUUCAUCUACAUGGCCGUCCAGCACUACAUUGAGACGCUGCAGCGCCGCAUCGAGGAGGAACAGAAGAGCAAGAUUAAAGGUCGUGAAUACACCAACAUUAAGUACUCUCUCUCUGACCUGACUGCGGGGGACCAGAGCCCGCUGCCACCCUGCACCCCGAUGCCAACGUGCCCAGAUCUGCGGGAUGACAGCUCCAGGGUGUAUGAGAACGUGGGUCUGAUGCAGCAGCAGAAGAGCUUCAGAUGAGAAGCCGAGCACUGUUCCCCUGAACAGGAAGCUGUUUUUGCCACACCUGACUAGAUCAUGACCACACAGAACAUGAACAUGACGAGUAAAAAAAAAAAACGGAAGCCACACCUGGUCUCCACACCUGGUCUGCGAUCAGUGCCUGGAGCUGGACCCAGCCUCUCCACACACACCCUGAAACCACUGUGAACAUCACCGAGCCUUAUCCACACACACACACACACACACACACACACACACACACACACACACACACACACACGCACACUUACA